UUUCGUGCAGCGGAAACAAGUCCGUGGCAGGGACUGGAGAUGGGGGGUAUGGAGGCUCUGACUGAUUCCCUCUGCUGGCAGUGAUGCCCCUUCCCGAGCCGGGUCCUGCCUCUCCUUGCUUUGCUCCGGGAAGAAACGUUCGCUGCCUCCCGAGUCCCCACCAGCAGCGAUGUCAAGAAAUGGAUACUUCUUUGAAGAGAGUGGGUACCUCAAGUGCCACACCGACGAUGGCUCCGAGGCAAAGGAGGAGACGGCCAGCGAGGAGCUCUACGACACCGUCAACUCCACCAUCGUCUCCGCCGACAGCAUCCGCUUCUUCGUCAACGUCAACCUCGAGGGGGCUCCCCGGGCCACCGCUGAAAGUGAAAGUGCUGGCUGCGUGUUACUGCACACAUCGAGGAAGUACCUGAAAUUAAAGAAUUUUGAGGAGGAAGUCCGAGCCCAGCGAGACCUGGAUGGGUUCCUGGCCAGAGCCAGCAUCAUCCUGGACGAAACAGCCACGUCCUUGGACGACGUUCUGCGGGAGAUGCUGCGACACUUCGCGGAGGAUCCCGAGAACACGGAGCCGAGCUGCAACUUCGAAAAAAUCAUGAGCACUUUAUUCACAGAUUCAGGGACCCCACGGGAAGGGAACGGCACCCAUGAUGUUUCAGAGUCAACAGGAAUGAAUAAACAAACAUGUACAUCGCACCUCAAAUUUCACCUCUUGUCAGAUACAAUCCAAGGGGUCACAGCGACGGUCACGGGGGUGCAGUAUCAGCAGUCCUGGCUCUGUAUCAUGUAAGUACCU